AACACAACCCUGAGGAGAUAGGCGCGCCUAAACGUCCACUGCAACCCAGGAAAGGCGCGCCUCUUUGCGCGCACGAUCGCCGCCCGACCGGUUCGACGGCGCUUCCUCCUCUCGCCUGAGCGAAAAGGCACCGGCGCUCCGAGGCGCAGCCCGGCUUCCUCCUCCCGUCUUCCCCGCCCUGUGCCUGGGGGCAAAGGGUGUGGCGGAGAGAGGCGCGGACGGGCGUGCCGAGAAGACGGGAAACGACGGGGCCCGAGGCAUGCCCUUUCUUCCCCCCUCGAGCCGGAGCAGUUGCCGGCGCGUCCGAGGGGUGCCUGGCGCUCUGUGAAGCUUCCCUCCCUUUGCGGGUGCCCUUUCGGCCGGCUGCGCGCCGUCGAGCCCCAGCCAGCGACUCCAGGCCGAAUGAUGAGCGGCUGCAACCCGGACAAAGACGAGCAGCGCGGCUGCAAAAUGGAGCUGCUCUCCGAGGAGGAAGUGGCCGUCGCCGAGCAAGACUGGGAAGCGGCCAAGGCUGCCUACGAAAGCCUCGCCUCCACUAAGAGACCCCGGCCCGUGAGUUGGAAAAAAAAAGUGCAGUGCAAGGCCACGGGGUUUGUUGCUGGUUUUUUUACUCGGGAGUAAGAGAUCCCGCCCUCUGGGGUCCAAGGAAGCGCACAAAGGGUAACAGCAGCUGCAACUUGCUUCCUAGGAGGGGCUGCGCAAUGGCGCAAGCGAGUCCUUCCUUCCCCCAACCACUAAAUGGCUGUCCCUUUCUUCCUUGUACCGCUGCUCCUCGCCCCAAGUGGUUACACGCCCCUCGCUGGUUUUCUCUGUAAAACAAUUAAGACUGGCCUCCAUCUCUCUUUCUCAUGCGCCCCCCCCCUUCCUGCGCUCCCCAUCUCUCACACACAUACGCACACACCAUGGGCUUAGGGGGGGGAGGGAACAGCUGCCCCCCUAAAUCAAGUAAAUAUAUAAAAAUAACUAACGGAGGUUCUGCCUCCCCACUUAAAGCCUGCCCCCCUCCUAACUUAAAUCCUAGCUGCAUCCAUGGCACACACACACUCUUCCCCCAUAGGGCUGUCUCCUCAAUAAUGUUAUCAUCAUCAUUAUUUUCCCUCCUGCAGCCCAAACCCCAAAACGCCAUCACCAUCGCUGUUUCCUCCCGGGCUCUCUUUGAUAUGGUGGAAGAGAGGAAAAUCUACGAAGAGCAAGGCGUGGAAAAGUAUGUGGAGUAUCAGCAGGCGAACGAGAACGUCACCCUGAAGCCCGGCCCAGCUUUUGCCUUGGUAAAGGUAAACCAGCUUCCUCUUAAGCAAUCCAGUUCCGUAGGGGCUAUAUAUAUAUAUAUAUAUAUAUAUUAUCAUUUUCUGCAUCCCAGAGCUGCAAUUCUCCCUCCCUGCCACCCGGUUUUCCUCUCCUUUCCCUGCCUCUGCCCAAAAGCAAUAAUCCGGCUGCAUGUUACAUAAUCCUGCUGCCAGAUAAACACACAGACUUUCAGAGUUAGAGCAAAUAGAAAAGAUGGCUUCCUGAUUUCUCUGGUGUGGUUCCUUGAAAAUACACUCACAAAAAUGAUGUUUGGGGGUUCCAGGCCAUUUUUUACUGAGGGGCUGGGAGUUCUAAAUGAGUGCACCAAAACCCGAGAGUGAAACUUGAGGGAGAUAAUUGAUUCCCAUUGUGCCUCAUAAUCCUAAGCGAGACCAAGUGAAAAGUAGAGAUGAUCCAAUAGUUCAUUCUGUUGAGACUGGGAUAAAGAUCUGUGUUUUCAAAGUAGCUUAGCGCACAAUGGGGAAAAGCAACAUGGAAGAUUUGGAGCUCUGCUAGAGCAUCGGCUCUGCAUGUAGCCAACGUCUGUCUCCAGCCUCUCAGAAGAGCUGGAAAUGUCUCCCAUCUGAAACACCUAAGAGCAGCUGUGUGGCCCAUGUAGACACUAUGCAGCUAGAGGGACAAAUGGUCUCAUACCAUUAUCAGGCAACUUCCUAUAUUCUGAGACCCUACCUGCCCACAGACUGUCUCCCCAGAGUGCUGCAUGCUCUGACUAUCUUCCGCUUGGUCUACUGCAAUGCGCUCUACGUGGGGCUACCUUUGAAGGUGACCUGGAAACUACAACUAAUCCAGAAUGCGGCAGAUAGACUGGUGACUGGGAGUGGCUGCCAAGACCAUAUAACACUAGUCCUGAAAGACCUACAGUACAUUUCUGAGCACCAUUCAGAGUGUUGGUUCUGACCUUUAAAGCCCUAAACGACCUGACCUCGGCCCAGUAUACCUGAAGGAGCAUCUCCACCCCCAUCGUUCAGCCCGGACACUGAGGUCCAGCUCCAAGGGCCUUCUGGUGGUUCCCUUACUGCAAGGAGUGAGGUUACAGGGAACCUUCUUGGUAGUGGCACCCACCCUGUGGAAUGCCCUCCCAUCAGAUGUCAAGGAGAUGGGUAACUAGGUAACCUUUAGAAGACAUCUGAAGGCAGCCCUGUAUAGGGAAGCUUUUUAAGAUUUAAUGUUUUAUCACUUUAUUAUUAUUAUUCUAUUGGAAGCCACCCAGAAUGGCUGGAAAAACCCAGCCUGAUGCGUGGGGUAUAAGUAAUAAAUCAUCAUCAUCAUUAUCAUUCCUAACUCUUUUGAAAGCAAGACUGGCAGCAUUCUCUGCAGUGUGUAAACACUUCCGUUUUCUUCAUUGCUUUCAUUUUUGUAUGCAGUGGUGUCUACUACAUUCUGCUCAGUAGUUGGAAAGGAUUUCCUUUCUCUUCUCCCCACCCACCCCUGAAAAAACGGAUGCCAAGCUGAACAGCCUUGGGUAUAUACAGCUCUAGGAUAGCUAACCUUACAAUCAAUCGAUAAUCGUAGGUACCCAAAUUGAAAACUGUAAAAUGCACUUUCUCCAUAACUGUUAGAAGGUGGGGUUUGGGUUUGUUCCUUUUGCACCAAAAUUUAGCAGGCCCGCUUAUUAAUAGAGCACAUUAUGGAAGUUCAGCUGGCAAGUGCAUUCUUUUUCUAGACAGCUUCCCACAUGUCCCGGUCAGAAGAUCUGAUGAAAACAGCUAAAAUUGAGCCAACGCAUGAACUCCUCUAUGUUUGCCCAUCCACAGGCAGUUGAGCUGGUGAACGCCCGACUCCGUGAGCUGUAUCCAGAUGAUGAAGAGCUGUUUGAUAUUGUGCUUAUGACUAAUAACCACGCUCAAGUCGGGGUGAGACUUAUCAACAGCAUUAACCAUUACGGUGAGUCUAGAGGUCUGAGUUCCUGCCCAUCUGGCUGUGUUUCUGCUACUUCCCCGUCACUGUGUCAUGUGUCUCACUGUUGUGCCUCCUCAGCACAAUUCGAGAGAAGGCUGGGUUUCCUCCUGCACCUCUGUGCAGAAUCCUGUGGGAUUUCUGGAACCCAACAGAGGCUAGGGUAGCCCUAGAUUAAAGAUAUAUCUGAAAGAAUUACUUGAGUUAUGCCUGGCAAGAUUUACUUGCCAGAUAUAAGAAGCUGUCAUAACUGGCUCCAAAUGUCCCACAGAUUAAUGUUGUUGGACAUCUGGCAACCUGGCUGAAAAGCAACAUGGUUUCACCCUCGCUCCAUAUCUCCUCCUCUCCAAGAUGAUUUGGUGCUUUCCCAUCUUGUCACAUCUGCUGUGUCCCCACCCCUGGCCUUGAAAAAUGGGCUGGAUUUGGGGAGCGAUGCAACUGAAAGCUGCGAAGGAAGGACUGCGAAGCUAGGGGAGGAGCACAGAGGACAUGGAUGGAAUUGAAAAUGGCAAGGAGGAAUUGAGCGACAUAAAAAUCACAAGGGGGGGGGCUGUAGAGUUGGGACGAACUAGCUAGGGCUGGGUUGGGGGACCUGUGGCCCCUUCCAGAUGUUGGUGGAAUACAAGUCCCAUCAACCCUGUCUAUUGGCUGUGAUUGCUGGGGCCAGUCCCUGCACUGGGGUGACUAGGUAAUUGGAUUUUGACUGGCCUUUCUGAGGGUUUUGUGUGCAGCAUCUGAUUUUCACUUACGUGUGAUUUUCACUAAUCCAAAGUUUAGGGGGUGGUGGAAUAGAUCAGGCUAAGGAACAUUGUGGUAGGAGUUGUUGUCAGGUAGGGUACCACAAUCCCUGCCUGACCACCAUAAUGAUGUAGCUGUCUGUCCCCAAAUUUAUUGUUUGGGGAGAAGCCAAAUGUAUUCAAAUGUCCUCCGUGGCUGAGACCAAAUCAAAUACUUGUCCCGUGUAAUUAUUAAAUUGUAAGUAACUGUACGUAGCAGGUUGCAACCAAAUUCCAGGAGGCCAAGUCCAUAACUGAUGCUGCUCUCCUGUAUGAUGGUGUGGCAGAUCUCUUUCAGAUUCUCAUGUAGAGACCAGAGAAAUUAACAUCGGAUUGGAAGCAUCUCUCACCUCUCCCAUUUAAACCAGCUCCCUACAUGCCUCCCAAAGGAGAACACAGCUGCCACGUGAUCGUAUUGCAAGAAAACCUGUGUGUCUUGUGCAUCAAAUGAUUCUUAAAAAUAAAAUAAAAAUUCUUAUCCAUUCCAGGCCUGCUAAUUGAAAGGUUCUGCAUGACUGGAGGGAAGUCUCCCAUCGGGUACCUAAAAGCAUACCUUACGAAUUUGUACCUUUCUGCUGACUCUGAAAAAGUUCAAGAAGCCAUAGAAGAAGGUGUGGACAAGUUCUUUGCUUGCUUCAGUCAUACACUAGCCCAAGGGUCACCAGCCUUUUUGGACCAGCGGGAACAUCCUGAAUUUUGAGCCCCAGGAUAUGCAGCGUGGUAGACUGCAGUUGCCUUACACUUAGUACAGAUUUCAAGUAUAUGGGCUGUCAUCCAAAGUAUUCUACAGACGUCUGUAGAAAUGAAGAAACAUAAUAGUAAGAUGGGUCCAUUUCAUCGGGCCAAUGCCAUUGGGUUUAAGAAAAUGGAAGUUUUUCAGUUACAUAUGAGUCCUAAUUAUAAAUGAUGAAAGUAUGGCCUCCUAGUGAGCAAACUCAGUUGACAUAAAAAUGAAUGCAGUCUGAAUUUGUGUCCAGCCUGGGACUUGCUCCUAAGCAAUUGUGCAAACAGUGAUUGCAGCCUAGCAGCACAAUUGGAUGCAUUUUUGCAUUCAGUGGGGGUUAUUUCCUAGUGUGUUUAGGACUGCAGCCUUAGUUACUCUAGAAGGGCAGUGGUUUAGCCAGAAAAUGUUUACUACAACAAGCACAUGAGCCCCUAUGUUUACCACCAAGGUGUGAUCCUUUAUAAUGCUCUUAUAACAAUGGCCUUUAACUUACACGAGAUACAGAUACAGACCUAACGACUUCUGAAAUAUUUCCGCAGGAAUUGCUGCAGCCACAUUGUUCACUGGGAAUAAAAACGUCCCUUACGAUGACAAGCAACUCCGAGUAGCCUUUGAUGGAGACGCCGUUCUGUUUUCUGACGAGUCUGAAAUAAUUGUGAAAGAACAUGGCCUGGAUAGGUUUUUUGAGCAUGAGCAACUAAAUGAGAACAAGCCUCUGGCACAGGUAUGGUGGUCAACGUUUGCUAUAAUUUUACCCCCUAAGUUAUUGGAAGCCUUAACAAGCAUUGGAAAGGUCUGUGGAAGAAUCUUAGAUUGGAAACAGAUUCUGUUUUAGAAGAACAACAAUAAAUCUUUAACGUCCUGUCCUGAUAAGGUUGGGUACCCUGGUAAGGUAAAGGUAAAGGGACCCCUGACUAUUAGGUCCAGUCGUGACCGACUCGGGUUGCAGCGCUCAUCUCGCUUUAUUGGCCGAGGGAGCCGGCGUACAGCUUCCGGGUCAUGUGGCCAGCAUGACUAAGUCGCUUCUGGCGAACCAGAGCAGCGCACGGAAACGCUGUUUACCUUCCUGCCGGAGUGGUACCUAUUUAUCUACUUGCACUUUGAUGUGCUUUCGAACUUCUAGGUUGGCAGGAGCAGGAACCGAGCAACGGGAGCUCACCCCGUUGCGGGGAUUCGAACCGCCGACCUUCUGAUCAGCAAGUCCUAGGCUCAGUGGUUUAACCCACAGCACCACCUGCAUCCUGGGUACCCUGGUAGAACCAUCCAAAUGUUUAGUCUCCAAAAGAAAGACAAGGAUGGAAGCCAACAUUCUCUUACGUUUAAUGGAAACUGCAGCUGGUAGUUUAAACCUACUGCUUCUUGACCCCAGGUCCAGGGUUUCCCAAACUUCAGUCUCCAGCUGUUUUUGGACUACAAUUUCCAUCAUCCCUGACCAGUGGUCCUGCUAGUUAGAGAUGAUGCGAGUUUUAGUCCACAAACAGCUGGAGACCCAAGUUUGGGAAACCUUGGUUUGGUCAAUGCUGCACUAGAUCAGCGUUUCCCAACCUUGGGCCUCCAGCUGUUUUCGAACUACAAUUCCCAUCAUCCCUGACCACUGGUCUUGCUAGCUGAGGAUUAUGGGAGUUGUAGUCCAAAAACAGCUGGAGGCCCAAGGUUGGGAAAUGCUGCACUAGAUAAUUGACAUCCAGUGCCCUUUUAAAAAGUUGGGGGUGGGGGUUAUUGGGUUGUUUUCGUUUUCAUUUUAAUUAUAUAUUUUGUGUUUUUAUAUUGCGAUUUUAUCUUGUACGCCCGGAGACCUGCGGGUAUAGGGCGGUAUACAAAUAAUAAUAAUAAUAAUAAUAAUAAUAAUAAUAAUAAAUGGUACAGUGAUCAAACUUAGCCUAAAGCAAUGUCCUGUGCACCUUUUCUCUAGCUAAAACUUUUUUUCAUCCUUUACGCUUUUUAUAACCCUCAUAGUUCUCUUCUGAAUCACCAGUCUCCAUAUGGUAAAUGUGUUUCUGAUAUUUUUUGCCUUUAGGGUCCUUUGAAAGGUUUCCUGGAAGACCUUGGACGACUCCAGAAGAAGUUCUACACGAAGAACGAACGGCUAGAUUCGCCAAUCAGAACCUAUCUGGUGACUGCCAGAAGCGCCGCCAGUUCUGGGGCCCGAGUGCUGAAGACUCUCCGCAGCUGGGGCGUGCAGAUUGAUGAAGCCCUCUUCCUCGCAGGGGCACCUAAGGGACCAGUCCUGGCAAAAAUCAGACCUCAUAUUUUCUUUGAUGAUCAGAUGUUUCACAUAGAGGGAGCGCGGCAGCUGGGUACGAUUGCUGCGCACGUGCCAUAUGGCAUUGGGCAGAAGUACCACAAGUCCAAGCUGAAAGACAGCCCUGCCAAAAAUUAAGUUGCUUUUGCAGCCUAGCCUUGAAUGUGCUGUUGAGUCUGAAAUUUCCAUUCUUGGACUUUUAUCAAGGUUUAUAUUUAAGUGUGACCUCCAGUUUCCUGAUCUAUUUUUAGAGGAGAUAUAUAUUUUUACUAUAAAUAUAUAUUUUGGGAAAAGUUGAAAUACUUGCAUAUACACUCCUAAACAGAUUGGGUUUUAGUCGACCUUUCUAACUUGGGCUCUUUGGCUAUUGGGAAAUAUUAGCACUAUAAUACUUAAAUCAUUCCCUCUGCUCUACAGAACCGUGAACGUAGCAGAAGACCAUGCAUUCGUUGCUGUGUCUUGACGAAUAACCAGUGCCUAGUGCACACUUUGCACACAAGCUAUGGAAAUAUGGGAUUUUGUAUGUAUUACUGCUUUAUUAGACAGUCUGUGGCCCUGUGUGCACACCAGCUAGACUGCAGGAUCCAAGUCAGUAGAAUGCAAUCAAAAUGCAAUCAAUAGUUUCCAUUGAUUGGAAUGGGAUGCAAAUAGCACUCCUUUCAUUUAGUAAUUCUGAAUAUAGACCCAGUGCAUUGUCUAGAACUUGAGCUGUGCUGCAUUAUCAUGCACACAGACACCUGCUACCACAAACACCAAAGUGACAGUAUAUAUAACUGUUAAUGGCAGUCAGUAGACCGGGCCCUGCCUUCUAUCUCGUGCUUCACAUGGUUUGUGCUGUGUGAAAGUGGUAUAAACCUAUUAGUAAAUGUCUUGUGAUUUAUAGGGAUACACACGUACCCUUUUCUUUUUUAAACUACUUGUCUGGUUUAAUAAAAGCGGCUUUUAGAGACUUAAUCA